AUGGCUAGUAAAUGUCAACUUUGUCAAGCAAUUUUUCCUUCUCGAAAAGAGCUUGUAGCUCAUGAAAGAAUUAAACAUAGAAAUAACAAAACUAUACCUCAUUGCAAGCUACUUAUUCAACCUCCCCUUGAGCAAGUUGUGUUUUAUCAAGAUACGUUUAUAGUUCUUAUUAAAAAAUAUCUUGGUUUUAAUAAGCAUUCAAUAGGUGCAAAACAAGUUUCUAUUAAUGCUUCUCCAGAAAAUAUCUUUGGUGAAGAUGGUGAACUACAAUUAAAGCAAUUAGUUAAUUAUGACCAUUGGAACGUUCUACAAGAUCCAAAGUGA